AUGGAACAGCACACAUUUUGCCGUCGAGGUCUCGGCCUCCGAGGCGUUGACGACCAGCGCGUCUCACCAGGCUACGUGCUAUAUGCACCUCUAACCUCGAAUACGGUCCAUCUCAUCUCAACGGCAGGUAAUGAAGUCCACCGAUGGACUUUACCCCACAGAGCAGGCCGGCAUGCCCGAAUCCUCCCAAACGGUAACCUAGCAUACAACGGCGCACACCCAGACGCACCCGGGCUGUUCCCAAUGUGGGCGAAAUAUCGCGGCGGAGCAAUGAUGCAAGUAAGCCCAGACGGCGACAUAGUACGGCAGUACUCAGACCCACUGGCACAUCAUGACCAAAACCAUCUUGACGACGGCACAAUCCUCUAUACAACCCUGGAGCCUCUGAGCAGCGAAGAAGCAUCCCGUGUACAAGGCGGCAUCCCAGGCAGCGAAGCCCCAAACGGCACUAUCUACGGCGACUGCAUCAAGCUUGUCCAGCCAUGGGGAUCAUCUACAGCCUCCUCAUCUUCCGACUUCAACGGCGGCGGUGGAAAUGGCGGCGCGAAGCUGCUCUGGUCCUGGCGGGCGAUCGAUCAUCUCGACCCAGCGGUCUUCGCUGCACACCCACAUUAUCCACGCGAGCAUUGGCCUCUGAUCAACAGUGUUGCCUUUGACUCCGAGGGAAACAUCAUCGCCUCGUCACGCAAUGCAUCCAGCGUCUUCGUCAUCAGUCGGGCAACAGGUGAAGUAUUGUGGCAACUGUCUGCGCCGACGGUCAGUCAGCAACACUGUGCUCACCAGAUCAAUGAGGCGGGUGACAUCCUCAUAUUCGAUAAUGGUGUUUUUAGGCCUGGGCUGGCUGUUCCUUUUUCGCGCGCUGUUAUCGUUUCUCGAGAAAAGGUUGUUAAGUGGGAGUACAAGGAUCCUUCGACGGGGGGCCUAGGUUUCUUUACGCCGUUUAUGGGGUCUGCACAAAAACUAAAGAAUGGGAAUGUUUUGCUGUGUGAGGCGUUUGAUGGCCGUAUUAUGGAGGUUUUGGAAAGCGGAGAGAUGGUUUGGGAAUUUGUUGUCCCUCAAUUGGGGGAUUAUAAGAGGGUUAUGAGGAAGGAUGAGUUGGAUGAAAUGGAGAAGAUGGGAUUUGAUUGUUUGAGCAAUGCAAUUUUCAGGGCUUACAAGUAUCUGCCAGAGGAUGUUCCUUGGGUAAAGGGUGAGUGA